AAUUUAAUUUUACCUCAAAUCUAAUAUAGAAUUCAGUAGAAGAAAAUGAAGGUUGAGAUGUGACCAAUCGGUUUUAUGACUGGGAAAAGAUAAGAUCCAAAGCUCACCUUACCUGAAAAACUCAAAAUCUCUACUCUGAAAUUUCGGUUUCCGUCUCAUACAAAACUGAACAAAUUAGCAGGUUAGAUAGUAAGAAUUCAUCAGAAGACAUGAGUGGGCUCGCAGCAAGGCCUUUCCAUGCACUUUUCUCACAGAGAGCAACCGUAAAACAAACAGCUGCCUCAGCUUCAUUAUCAUCUGCAUUCUCAGGAGUGCAAUUGCGCGUGGGCAAGAAUACUCGGUGGAGCAGAACUCAAACUCGCGACUCGCGUGGCAAGGGUGGAUUAGUGGUGGUCGCCAGGGCUUUCCGAGGGUCAAGGAGACAGACAGAUGGAUACUCACAACCUUCUAACCUGAUCGAUCCUGCCCUUGAUAUCGACAGCCUCGAGUCACCAUCUGUGAGGCUUAUAGACGGGGAACAGAAUAUGGUAGGCGUAGUGAGCAUAGAUGAAGCCAUUGAGAAGGCAGAGGAUGCUGAACUUGAUCUGGUGAUUUUAUCCCGUGACGAAGACCCUCCAGUUGUUAGAUUAAUGGAUUACAGUAAAUACAAGUUUGAUCAACAGAAGAGGAAGCGAGAACAACAGAAGAAGAGCUCAGGGGUUUCUGGUGAUAUUAAGGAGCUUAAAAUGGGGUGUAAUAUAGAAUCCCAUGAUUAUAAUGUACGCCUGCGAGCUGCUCAGCGUUUUCUCCAAGAUGGUCAUAAGGUCAAGUUCAUGGUGCAAUUCAAGGGUCGUGAGUAUAAUUACAGAGAGAAAGCCAUCAAGAUAUUUGAGCGAUUUGAAAAUGACCUGAAGGAGUUGGGAGCAUUGGAGACCACAAAUUAUGCAGAUAGAAAUAUGUAUAUAGUGGUUCAACCAAUUAAAGGGGCGGUGAAGGGGCAAGCUAAGCCAAAUAAUACAAAGAAAUCAGAAAAGAGGUCACUCGACAAGAAGCUAAUGGCCAAAGAUACGACUGAACAAAGUCCAUUGAUUAAGGAAGAGUCAGUGAUUGAAGAGGCCAUGACUGAAGUUUCGUCUGGAGUGUGAGUCAAUUUGAAUCUUACAAUUCUCAGUCAUGUAAAAUAGCAUGGGUAUGGGCAAGAGUUUCAUCUGUGUCCAUUUCCAAGUGUAAACUUUUAAAAAAAUGUAUAUGUUUUGUCAGAAGCAUCAUUUGUAAUGCUAGAAUCUAGAUUCAUAAUUUCUUGCUUCAUGACCUCCUUCCAUCAAUUAUAUAUGUUUUGUCAGAAGCAUUAUUUGUAGUGCUAUAAUCAAGAUUUAAUAUUUCUUGCUUCA